CGCCCCAUAACCAGGAAGUCAUCGCGCGCUGCCGAACGCGGAACAAAAAAACGGGCGCACGGUGCCCAGGCGGAGCCGCGCGCGCCCAUUGGCUGAGGGCAUAGGUGUGUCGGGAGGCGUGCGCGUCCGUCGCUACGUUAUUUCCUGGAGACGAUGGACGGAGUUUUGACAGCGCCAGAGCAGGCGACGCGUCAAGUCCAGCGCAGAGUCGAUUAGGAUCCGUGUGUGUGUGCACGCGCGCGUGCGCCACGGGGUCCCGGGACCAGAUCAACUCCCACAGACAGGCACCCGUCCCGGCCGUCCUCUGGAAAUGCCUCCCACUCUUAUUUCUGAGUCUGGCGAGUGAGAGAUCGGCCGCUCGUCCUCCCGGUUUUCGGGCUUCGCCGCCGCGAUGGCCGGGGACCUGUACAGCCCCCCGUCCCCCCUGGGAGACUCCCUGAUGGGCAGCCCCCUGUGCGGAGACCUGAUGGAGGACCUGGGCGACAUCUCCCACUCUAUUGGUGCCGACACGCUGGGAUUCGACUUCCCACAGUACCAGAGCCCCGGUUCACUGGACACCUUGACCCCAGCCUCCAGUCCAUCGUCGGGGGGGUGUGGAGCAGCGGGCCCCGAGGAGAACCCCGGCCCCCUCAACCUGGAGUGCAGGGUGUGCUCAGACAAGGCCUCGGGCUUCCACUACGGCGUGCACGCAUGCGAGGGCUGCAAGGGAUUCUUCAGGAGGACCAUCAGGUUGAAGCUGGAGUACGACCGGUGCGAGCGCAACUGCAAGAUCCAGAAGAAGAACCGUAACAAGUGCCAGUACUGCCGCUUCCACAAGUGCCUCUCCGUCGGCAUGUCCCACAACGCGAUCCGCUUCGGUCGGAUGCCGCAGGCGGAGAAGCUGAAGCUGAAGGCCGAGAGCAGGACGGUGGAGAAGGAGGUGAAAAGCCCCAUGUUGGCCGACCACAGGAUCCUGGUGGGGCAGAUCCACGAAGCCUACAUGAAGAACUUCAACAUGAACAAGGCCAAAGCGCGGCUCAUACUCACCGGGAAAAACGGCAAGCCGCCUUUUGUCAUCCACGACAUGGAGACGUUCCAACAGGCAGAGAAGACGCUAGCGGCCCAUAUGGUGAACGGGUCCGACCCGGAGCCCAAGGCCGGCCGCCGCCAUCAGACUGGGGAGGGGGCCGCAGGGCGUGGGGAGCUCCAGCAGCUGGAGGCCGAGGCCAGGCUCUUCCACUGCUGCCAGAGCACCUCGGUGGAGACGGUGACGGAGCUGACGGAGUUCGCCAAGGCGGUGCCGGGGUUCCAGAGCCUGGACCUGAACGAUCAGGUCACCCUGCUGAAGUAUGGUGUUUAUGAAGCCCUCUUCACCCUCCUGGCCUCGUGCAUGAACAAAGACGGCCUCCUGGUUGCCCGCGGUGGAGGCUUCAUCACCCGGGAGUUCCUCAAAAGCCUCCGCCGGCCGUUUAGCGACAUGAUGGAGCCCAAGUUCCAGUUUGCAAUACGCUUUAACUCUCUGGAGCUGGACGACAGCGACCUGGCCCUGUUUGUGGCUGCGAUUAUCUGCUGCGGAGAUCGUCCAGGCCUGGUGGAGGUGCGCCUGGUGGAGCAGCUGCAGGAGAGCAUCGUCCAGGCGCUGCGGCUCCACCUGCUGGCCAACCACCCCGACGACGCCUUCCUCUUUCCCCGGCUCCUGCAGAAGCUGGCCGACCUCCGGGAGCUGGUCACCGAGCACGCCGAGCUGGUGCAGGACAUCAAGACCACGGAGGACGCGUCGCUGCACCCUCUGCUGCAGGAGAUUUACAGAGACAUGUACUGACUGGGUAGCACACGUGUGCAUGUUCAUCAGUGUACUGUAAGUAGGAGGCUCACGGCCGCGAACGGGUCACACUUUCUAUUGCAGGAAAGCAAUAAUGAAAUUCUUGAGCGAAGUGGCAACUCCUGUCUCCAAGAAGGGGGAGAUCUUUGAUGCCACCAAUGGAUAACGACAUUUUCAAUGCAGCCAUUUGAGCUUAGAAUAUAGUUUUAAAGAUACAGGGUUGACGGCCAGUCAUGCAUGCACUGAUGCUAAAUACUAUUUGUGCCUGUGAUUAAUAAUCCUCACGUUUGUCUUUAAGACAAUGUCUAGUUGGCUAAAAGUCACAUAUGAAAUAAAUUUGGUAUUGAUAAGAGGUCAUUUGAAAGUUAUUUUAAGGUUAGUGUCACUUAACAGUGUGCCAUGUUGUUGUACAUACGUGUUAUUGGUGCAGCCAAAUACCUUUAAACCACUUUAGGUUAGUGGUUAAGAAUGAUCAUUGCCUCAUCAUUGCUUCACUAGUUAAGCAUAAACCAUUAAGAUUUUUUUACCACCUCUUAAAAAUACAUCACGUGAACCAUGAAUAAAUAAGACUGUAGAUGUAUUUAUGAUAUUUUAAAUCCACAUUUAACUAUUUAAUGUUGGACCAGGGAAUGUUCUCACUUAACAUUAAACGUAAUUACAUUGUAAUUUUAUGGGUAUGACGUUUAUUUAAAUUUUUUUCUUAACUGACUUGUUAAGCGUUGUACUGUAGACGUUCUGCUGUCAAGACACAGUUUAUUCAAAUGAAUCAGUGUUGAUCGUUUUAUUAUAAGAAUGCCGAGAAGCCAGUGACAUGGAUGUGACCUCAAUAACAGGAACUGAUGGCCUUAUUUUCUCUACCUUCCAGUUUAGUAUUAAAAUUAUGUUCUAAUGAAACCGUUUAUAUUUUUAUCAUGUACAGUGCAGCGUAGAAUGAAUAUAUAUAUUUGCUCUCUCAAUGAAAGGAAUAAUGUGGUACUGCAAAAUAAACUAAAAUACUCAACUGUU